AUUCACUCCUCCUUCUCAUCCCUCACAUCCAACCAUCCUAGAAACACCACCACAAUGGCCUCCAUGGACAUCGACAAGCCGCUCGACGAGCUCAUCGCCUCCAAGCCCCGUGGCCGUCGCGGCGGUGGUCGUGGUCCCCGCGGUGCCGGUGGUCGUGCCGAGGGUGGUGCCGCUCCCGCCGCUGGCGGUGCGCGUGCCCGUUACGCCGGCGCUGCCCCCAAGACGGGUAGCCAGGUGGCGCGCGGCGCCGCUGCGCCUCCCGCCAAGGGUGGAAAGCCUCUGACGGCUGAGGCGACCAAGAUCAUCAUCUCUAACCUCCCGGCCGACGUCACCGAGGCCGCCGUCCGCGACCUCCUCCAGUCGACCGUCGGCCCCGUCCGCUCGGUGCACCUGAGCUACAACAGCUCGGGCAAGAGCAAUGGUGUUGCCACGAUUCUCUUCAAGAACAAGGGCGACGCCAACAAGGCCCACGCGACGUACAACAACAGGAUGAUCGACAACCGUUAGUGUUCUUUCUCUGCUGAUCUGCUUCACUUCCAUUCCUCCCUCCCCACCGCCGCCGCUGUUGAGUGAGCCCGCGUAAGCGCCCGAGUGUAAGGACAGACGUCCGCCGCAACCACACAGGCAAGGACAGGCAAGACGGAUAGUGCCGCGCUGGUCUCUCGGCCUUUGAUGUUCACACAUGGGGGAAGGACGGCACACCGAGGUCGACGGGGAUUGUCUGCUACCAGCUCGCCUGGCUAGCGUGACUUACAACCCGCACCUGUGGCCAGGUGGCUUUGCCAUCCUGCUGCUGAUCUCAAGAUCGAGCCCGUCCUCAAGACGGCGCCACGGUGGACUAGCGCCAAUAGAAGCACGAGCCACCGCGCUCCCUUCCUUGGUCAAGGAAGGCCUCGACUCUGCGGCAGGAGAUGCGCAGGAGGAUGCUCUUACUGUGUAUAAUGGUCAACGAUCUGGGGGCCCUACUGGCUGUGCGAUCGUCCAGAACGAUCGUAUCGAGUUACGCACGCGCGAGCGGGUUCUCUGCGCAAGACGGGGGUUUCGCUCAGCAGCGCGCGGCGGCUGCUCCUUCUCGCUCCUUCUCGACUCCAGCUUCAACCCGAUGACCAGGCGCUGAUGAGCGCCUUUCGCAUUUUGUUUGCACUGCAUUGCACUUCGCUUCCCACAAUCAUGACAAUCGACUCUACAAUUGUAUCGACAACCACUGUAUCAACAACCACCACUGUACACACUGCAACACCACUCUCCACUGCAUCGACCACCAACCCAUCAUCCGCCAACCACCCACAUCAAACAUUUCCCUUUUUCGACUACCCGCUUCAUCUCCACUUCAAACACAUCUCCCUCAUGCGAUGUCUCGUCCAACAGAGAAGCCCAUGAAGGUUGAGAUCGCCAUCGACCCCAACGCUCUCCAGUCGCUCGCCUCGCGUGUGGCCCCUGUGGCCCCUGCCCCCAACGCCCGCAAGACUGCCGGUGGUGGCCGCCGUGCGCCCGCCCCGCGCCGCGCCGCGGCCCCUCGCCCCGCCAAGAAGACGGCUGAGGAGCUCGACGCUGAGAUGGCCGCUUACAAGGCUCCCGCUGCUGCCUAAGCGCGCUUGUCUGGUGUUGAUAGUAUCCGUAGCUUGUGUUAGUGGUCUGUGGAAGUUCCAUGAGAGAUGGAUUAUUGUGUAGCCCGCAGAAGA